CAACCAAACAAUCAGGGAACCACAUUCGGCGCGUGGGGUUCCGUUAUUACCGUUGGUUGUUCUCACCUUCCUUUAUUCUUUCAUAUUUGGAUUUUUGCCACCAGUAAAUAUAAGUAUUUCCAUUUUAUCACCUUUAUCUUUUCUAAAUUCUGAAAGAAAUAUUUAAUCAAAUAUGCUUUAAAUAAACAUUUAAUUUUAUCUCCAAAUACAUUUAUUUAUUUAAGAAUUUCUCCAUCACCACCACCCCACCCCCAUCAUAAUCAUCUUUACAAAAACAAAAGGGGGGCCAUUUUCUAUUUGUUUAACCUCUGUUUCUUCCUUUUCAUUUCAGACGCCUGCUUGUGAUUCAGCAACAAAAUAUUUAUUUAUUUAUAUAUUUAUAUAAAAAAUAAAUACAUAUAUAUAACAUAUUGAUGUGUAUGUAAAGGUUUUUGUUGCAUACAUGUGCAUUUGAUGUCCCCCAUUAUCUUAACCUCUGGCUUUUCUCUGUUCCUAUAUGAAAAAGAACUGCAUCAACCCUGAUUCUUUUUUCUAAUUUAAUUCAAUUAGAUUUUUUUUUAUUCCUUUUUUCGUUUAAUACGAUAUCGUUUUUGUUCGAUCAUAUGUAUCGAUGUUGGAAUGUAUGCCGUAUUCGUUGGCUCUUGCUUCGGAGCUAAGAGAGUUCAACAAAGACUCAUGAAUAAUAAAUGAAAAGUUUUGAAGAUCAAAGUCAUUUUCUCUCUCUUCAUCUGAAAUAAAGGGGAGAGAGAGAGAGAGAGAGAGAGAGAGAGAGAUGGAGACAACAUCGGCAGGACAAACGCCGACGACGCCGAGGAAGAAGAUGACGAAGCAGCUGACGGGAAAACGAGACGACACGGCACUGCAUUCAGCCGCGAGAGCUGGAAAUAUAAUAGCGAUACGAGAGAUCAUAAACGAUGCUGCCAGAGAAGAAGAGCUGAUGGAGCUGUUGUCGAAGGAGAAUUCGGCUGGAGAAACGGGGUUGUACAUUGCUGCCGAGUACGGCUACUUUGAGGUUGUGAGGGAGAUGAUCAAGCACUAUGACUUAUCGGCUGCCGGAAUCAAAGCCAGAAACGGUUUCGACGCUCUCCACAUUGCCGCCAAACAAGGCGACUUAGAGGUGGUGAAGGUGUUGAUGGAGUCGCAUCCGGAGCUGUCGAUGACAGUCGACAUGGCUAACACGACAGCGCUGCACACGGCGGCAACUCAAGGGCGGAUCGAAGUGGUGAACUAUUUCUUGGAGCAAGAGAGCAGCCUCGCCACGAUAGCAAGGAGUAAUGGCAAAACUGCCCUUCACUCUGCGGCGAGAUACGGUCAUUUAGAAGUAGUUAAGGCCCUUUUGGGCAAAGAGCCUAGAAUCGCUACUCGGACGGAUAAAAAGGGACAAACAGCUCUUCACAUGGCGGUUAAGGGUCAAAACCUCGAAGUGGUCGAAGAGCUCAUCAGAGCCGAUCCUUCGACUAUUAAUAUGAUUGACACUAAGGGCAACACCCCGUUACACAUUGCUGCUCGAAAAGGCAGGCCUCAGGUAAUUUUCCAGCAAUUUCGAUUUUUUUUUCUCGUUUUUGCCGAGAAGCAGGGCCACUCCGACACGAAAUCCAUCCUCCAAGAGCACGGGGUCCCGAGCGCCCGGUCCAUAAACCCGAACCCGGCCCGAGAACUCAAACAGACCGUUAGCGACAUAAAGCACGAGGUCCACCACCAACUGGAGCACACCCGCCAGACGAGGAAGCGCGUGCAAGGGAUCGCCAAGCGCCUCAACAAGAUGCACGCCGAGGGCUUGAACAACGCCAUCAACUCCACCACGGUGGUGGCGGUGCUCAUCGCCACGGUGGCGUUCGCCGCCAUCUUCACCGUCCCCGGGCAGUACGUGGACGACCCGGAGAAUAUCCCGGCGGGCCUCUCCCUCGGAGAGGCCAACAUCGCCCCGCAGGUGCCGUUCCUCAUAUUCUUCGUGUUCGACUCGAUCGCCCUCUUCAUAUCGCUGGCGGUGGUGGUGGUGCAAACGUCGGUUGUGGUGAUCGAGAGCAAGGCCAAGAAGCAAAUGAUGGCAAUCAUCAACAAGCUCAUGUGGCUUGCGUGCGUGCUCGUGUCGGUGGCGUAUCUGGCUCUGUCGUUUGUCGUUGUUGGGAAUCAAGAGAGGUGGCUCGCCAUCGGAGUCACCAUAAUAGGGACCACGAUAUUGGCGACAACGAUAGGGACUAUGUGUUAUUGGGUGGUGAUGCAUCGGAUAGAGUCGAAGAGUAAGAGGAUUAUAAGGAAGAACUCUCAGGCGACUCGGUCGAGGUCCGGGUCAGGUUCGGUCCCGUCGGAUCACGAGGGUUUGGAGGAUGAGUUCAAGAAUAUGUACGCGAUCUGAGCUCCGUAUCAAGAAUGUGUAGAUCUUUGAUGUAAACUACGUGGAUGUAGUUUUAUCAGGUGUAGCAUCUAAAGAACCGCGAUUCGAAAGCUCCCCCUAUGCAGUUUUCCGGGUUUGGAUGUGGGGAAUGCCGUCAUCUUUCUUGGUGCAAUGUGCAUGUACAAAAAUAAAUUAAUGGAUGCAUAACAUUUGUAAACUUUAU